UUAGAAUAAGUUCUUAUUCGAAUCCAAAUCCAUUAUUUAUAUAACACAAUUAUAACACAAAUGCAAUUCAAAGUGCUUGACAAAAGCAUAACCAUACAAAACAAAUACAACUGAAAAUACGACAGGUCAGCAAAAGCAGCCGACAGAGGAUGCUAGUGGAUGCUUUUCCUCCCAACACGUGACGAGGGAGUCGGUAGGGACUCCCAGUGUGGAUAGCAGCACUGCUUGUCUAAACACCAGUUAACCACAACCUACUUGACCACUGAAGGUUUCAAUGGUGUUGGCUUGAUGGAAUCCAAGUAGGUGGCAGAGUGAUGGUCUAAGGACUCGCAGUCACGGAGGUGCUUGCGCGUGGAAUGUUGCGCUGGUCGGUGCACCUAGAAGGAGGGCCGCGGAGAGUCAACCAUGCUGCUGUGGCGGUGGGGCACAAGGUGUACUCCUUUGGAGGCUACUGCUCCGGGGAGGACUACGAGACACUCCGUCAGAUUGAUGUGCAUGUCUUCAACACAGUGUCUUUGCGCUGGAUGAAGUUGCCUCCACUGAGGACAGGAGGACAUGAACGUGUCCGUGAAGUGCCAUACAUGCGUUAUGGCCACACAGCUGUGCUAUUGGAUGAUAUUAUCUACCUCUGGGGUGGGCGUAACGACACAGAGGGGGCCUGCAAUGUGCUUUAUGCCUUUGAUGUCAACACCCACAGAUGGUUCACACCCAAGAUUUCGGGUACUGUUCCUGGGGCAAGGGAUGGCCACUCGUCCUGUGUCUUGGGGAAGGCAAUGUAUAUAUUUGGAGGAUAUGAGCAGCUGGCGGAUUGCUUCUCCAAUGACAUCCACAAGCUGGACACCACGACCAUGGUCUGGUCAUUAAUUAAUGCCAGGGGCACUCCGGCACGCUGGAGGGACUUCCAUUCAGCCACCAUCAUCGGGACAAAGAUGUUUGUGUUUGGAGGGCGAGCCGACCGCUUUGGUCCUUUCCAUUCCAACAACGAGAUCUACUGCAACAAGAUCAAAGUGUUUGACGCAGAGACCAACUGCUGGCUGAGCACCCCUUCAACACAGCCAUUGCCAGAGGGACGCAGGAGUCACUCAGCCUUUUCCUACAAUGGGGAGCUGUAUAUAUUUGGCGGGUACAAUGCACGUAUGGACCGGCACUUCAACGACCUCUGGAAGUUCAAUCCAGAAGCCUUUUCCUGGAAGAAGGUUGAACCGAAAGGGAAAGGCCCAUGUCCACGGAGACGACAGUGCUGUUGUAUAGUUGGGGAACGAAUUAUCCUCUUUGGAGGAACCAGCCCCUGUCCAGAGCAAGGAAUGGGUGAUGAAUUUAACCUCAUGGAUCAUUCAGACCUGUAUAUCUUAGACUUCAGCCCUAAUUUGAAGACGUUAUGCAAAAUAGCUGUUAUUCAGUACAGUCUGGAGCAGUCAGGACUCCCACAUGAUAUCAGGUGGGAACUGGCAGCUAUGACCACCAACAGCAACAUCAGCAGGCCCAUCUUCUCCUCCCAUGGCUGACACGGCACAAUGGGAAGCAGAACUAGGACUGAGGACACUGAGCUUUUAUCUUUCUAAUCAACUGAGCUCUAAAAGACAGUUUUUUUGUGAAGUUUUGAUCCGUGUGGGAUAUAUUUUCCACAUUCUUCAAGUGAAAACUCAUUACUGACCAAAAUAUUCUCCGUAUGACUUCCUUGGACACCAUGAAGCCCUCUCAUGUAUAAGGAUAUUUUAAACCUUGAGACACUGGUUAUAUGUGAUAGAAAAAAUGGACUCCUGUUCACAUUUUUGUCUUCUUUCUAGCCUCUCUAGAAAUCCAAUCAGCCUAUGAUAAUCAUAGACUUCUAAUUUUAAGCACAGGAAGAGACAAGAACUUCAGCCAAAGGUCUCGGGCGGUAACCUCUUUGUUGUCGAUGCUGUCCUGAUGCCACAUCUCCCCUAAAAGACUGUGAGCAUUCUUCUCCAGAUAAAGAGAGACAGAGCUGGUCAUGAGUUUGUAUAUCUUGCAGCUCUCACUAUGUCAUAAAACCAUGUCAAAACUACCAUGUCCAUAUGCAGGAAAUGCAGAUAUGUACACUGUAUACAAUAGGACAUUACUAAAUGAUUACUUUGGCAUUAAAUGCAAGGAGAAAGCGAGCGUAGGGUAUAUAGUGGUAUGCUUGUAAAACGUUCUGUUUAACUGACUUUCGAUUCUUACCUUGUUCCCUGUUUCAUCAUAACAUGGCGAGCACCUUUCUGCUCUCAAGUGUGUCAAGGUGAUUUGCAGGGCAACUUAAGCAAGCCGUCUGUCCGCCUUGUAAAAUAAUCAAGUCCAUCUACCUCCCUCAAUAGCAUGUAUCAUUGGGUGUUCAAUAAGACUAGACAUCUACUCGCUUACCCUCCUCCGCCAGCCAAGAAAAUUAAGCCUUUCCACACAGACGUUUGAGUCGUAGGGUCAGUGGAAGAGUGCGACUCGCCUGCCACACCAACCCACCCCUUAACCUUGUAAUUUUUUUUCAGUGCCAAAGGGAAUCAUGAUGCAGAUAUAUACUGUGUAUGUGUGUAAGCACGUGGUCCCAUCUACACAUAAUCCCAGUCCAGCUGCUUCAGUGUGCCUGCUGUAGGGGGAUACGAUCACUAAUAUGCAUACUGUAGUUGUUACACUUAUAGACAAUCCUACAGCGAUCAGAGACUUUUCUCAUGACCACAGUACGGUGAAAAAUAACAAAAGUGUGCAUGUGUGACUGCACUCAAAGCUAAACCUGAGCAGGUUAUUAAUGAAUAAGGGCUUACACACUCACCACACAGCUGAAAAAUGACUAGGACUGGCUCAAAUUGGGAAUGUGUGAUUCAGGUUGUGUGUUUUUAUUGUGAUUGCAGAUUUUAGAACAAAACUUUUAAAACACAGGAGUGGUGGUGGUCUUUUAUUAAAGCAUCUCUCGUAAUCUCAAUCCACUUUAGUCAAAGGAUAAGGUUGGUGAUAUUCUAUAUUUCCUGACAUAGUUGACAAAUCCCAUAAAGACCAAGAGCUACGAUGUGUUAGUCCGUCUCUCAUCACUUCCCUACCCUGUCUGUGGCCCUCAUUUGUUCCUACUCAAUAGUACCAACCUGGGGUCAAUUCAUUUCCUUACACAGCUGGUCUCUAGUUUUUAACAGUUAUUCAAACAAAAGUAAAAAACUUUUUUCAGUUGAGAAUUUGGUGCCCUUGCAGUACUAACGGCAGCAGGACGUGUGUUUACUUUGAGUCUAUCUUAAACUAAUGUGGCCUUGGUCAUUGUAUCCCAGUACAGUGUUGUGGCUCAUUUACAGAAUGAGUUAAGAAUAGCUUUUGGAGGACGGUAAAUGUCUAUGGAGUGAAAUAUACCAGGCUUUGGAUACAUAGAAAAUACUUGUUGGAUUCAUUCUUUGUUGGUUUUAUGGGAUUGUGGGGAAAAAAAAAUACAAAAUAUCACUUAUCCUUUGAAUCUUACAUAUAAGGAUAAUGAGGUAUACGGCAUGCCAUUGAAAUGUUUGACCUGGUGAGGAUGAAUACACAGGCAAAAAUGUUGAAUUUACACUGCCUAUUUAUUUAGAUGUCAAUAGGAACUGUGCUACCACACACUUGUGAGCUGUGUCAAUGCUUUUCGGUCCUGGUCUUUGGGACCAUGUGUUUUCUGUCUGGCCAGAUAGUUCAAUUGAAUCUGUAUCAGUCAGUUUCUGAUUAGCUGGUCAGAAUUAAACCCUUCAGGGCUCUAAGUCCCAAACAUCAGGAUUGGAUAACACUGUCCUACAAGGUAAAUGUUUACAAAUUUGUGUAUUUCAUGUGAAGCAGUGUAAACAAUCUUAAACACAGUUUGAAGUCACCAGAUAACUGCACUAAAGCCAAUCGUGGCAUGUCAGGCCUUACUGGGAAGAGACAUGUUGAUGCUGCUCUUUGCCUAUGUAGAGUUCCAGAUGUUUGCCUGCCCAAACCAAGUCUGAAUUUUAUUAUAGACCGGGGGUGCCGAUGUGACUCAUUUGGACAUAUCACACGCUUGAUAUUCCUCACAACCACAGUUACUUGGACUAUACGACAGCUAAUGUAGUAAAACCACAGGGAAGCUAAUCACAAAAGAAACUACUGGUGAACAAUCUUCUUUUUCUAAAGUGUGGUUAGGCUCAGUCAUUUUUAUUUCAGGAGGCUUAUGGGUAAUGCCAUUUUCAGUUCAGAACUUUUCAGGAAUAAGACAUGAAGUCAAAAUGAAGUAAAUGACAAUGUAGACACUAUUGCAAAAAUACAAUAACUGCACAACAAAUUUCCUCACUGAUGGUUACUCACUUACCAUCAACAUCUUAAAUUUUUAGUGGCGGUGAUGUAAAAACCAGUUUUUGAGGCUUCCCUGUUAUUUCUCAUUGAAGUUUGUGAGGAGGCUUCACCAAAUAGUUGCUCAAACGUGGCACAGUGAUUCUGGCUUUAUCAAGAUAACAUUUGUCAACUUAAAUAGUUAUAUAACUUAUUAUAGCGCACACUCAAAGUUAUUCAGUGUGAGCAGUAAUUAUUCGCCAAGAAGUAAGUGACCCAACUGAUUUCAUGCCAAGAAGUGUAUUCUAAGGCUUUUCAGUACAUGGUUGAAUAAUUCAUAAACUACAAAGAAUGCUUGGGAAAAAUAGAACAAAGCUUGAAGUGUAUUUGGAUUCAUUUUACACCUGUGCAGGCCCCCUAAGCUUACUGUUUUUAUUUUGUAUUUAACAUGUUUUUCAGAGGGUUGGUCAGGACUUCCUGUGCAAUAUACUUUAUUACUGUAUCAAUAAUAAAAAUGAGAACAUU